GUUCAGCUAUGUUGAGUACAUUUUUUAGCUGCGCAAAAUGUGACUCGCAGGGGGGAAAGAACCGUUCAGCUUCUAAAGAAAGGAAGUACGGCUAGAGAGAGGAACUGAAAAAGUCUGCACGAAUUGCGGUCCCGCUCACUCACCAUCUUGUUCAUUUCCCCUUCAGUUCCAAGACCCAACAAACCUGUCUCUGUGUAGGGGAUCCUUUGAGCUGUCUUGCAGAGAGAAGACACCGUAUGCGGAUAUAGGCAAUGGAUGAUUUCGGUAAGUAACUCUUUCGCAUUAUACCAAAACAGCAAGGACUGACAUGGUGCAGAAAGCACAAGAAGAUUGCACACUAUUUCAUCUUUUCUUUUAUGGAGGGCGAGGGAACAGGGAGAAUUGAAGAUGUGAAGAGAUUGAACACCGACUGUUGAGAUGACACAGUUCCAUCUGGCAGAGACUUUGUGCCUUUAACAUUCACAGCUACAUGACAGGUAAGAAUUCAGCAGGUACAGCUUUUUCCAUAACAAGAAAAAAGAAGGUGAAGAAAAAAGAGCUGUAGAUGUUGAAUUUCUACCUCUCGGACAGCUGUUAAAAGCACACAGACUUUCUUUACAGAAAAGCACCAGCCUUAUUUGAGUCACUGGUGUUCCAGAAGGAAGAGCUCAAGCUAGGACAGAGGAACUUGAAUAAAUUUGAGGAAUGGAGAACCAAGGAUCCACAGCAUACCUUUAAAUCUCAUUCAAAGCACAUUUAAAACCCAUGAUUUCUCCCAAGAAUCCUGGGAACUGUAGUUCAUUAAGGGUGCUGGGAAUUGUAGCUCUGUGAGGGGAAAACUUUAUCCAAAGAGAUGAAAGAAGCUUGUCCUUGUUAGUUUCCAAUAUACAGUGGUACCUCGGGUUAAGUACUUAAUUCGUUCCGGAGGUCUGUUCUUAACCUGAAACUUUUUUUAACCUGAAGCACCACUUUAGCUAAUGGGGCCUUCUGCUGCCGCUGCACCACCAGAGCACAAUUUUUGUUCUCAUCCUGAAGCAAAGUUCUUAACCCGAGGUACUAUUUCUGAGUUAGCGGAUUCUGUAACCUGAAGUGUAUGUAACUUGAAGCGUCUGUAACCAGAGAUACCACUGUAUGGCGUUUGCAAAAGGUGAUACAUUAGAAAGAUAAUGGUUGGUAAGGCAGUAGAAAGAAGAGGAAUGGUUAGAGAAACCUGUGGUUGCAAACGACAUCUGAACAAAUUUAUAUGGAAAAUAGGGGAGAACAUUUUUUAGAAAUUAUUAGCAGUUUUGAAUUCUAGAAGAUUCUAGAUUGUGCUGGAUACAUGCAGAAAGGAUAUCUUUCUCUUUCACUGUGGUCUCACAUUUAAUUCUAUCAUCCUUCCCUUCCCAUAUCUCACUUCCUUUUGUGCAUCAGAGCUACUGCCAUAAAUGGGUAAUCCUCUGUGUGUGGGUAGGUGCACUCGCACACGCAUACAAUAAAAGCCACAAAUCAAUGUGGUGGGUCAGAGAGAUGCAGCAUAAUGUAAUGAAGAAUAAAACAGAAUUAAGCACAACCAAUUACAAGUGACUUAAUAAACUUGGUUAUUGACUCUUAAAAUGGCAUAAUUACCAAGAUCAGAUCAGACUCCAAUUUGUCUAGGUUUGAUUUUCCAUCAUAACAAUUUUUAAUUUCAGUUUGUACUGAAAUUGGCCAUAAUGAAAAAUACAUGCGUAAAAAUGAGAUAAUUGAACCAUUCAGGCUUCUGCAAUAAUACAUUGCCUGUUGAACUUGUGGAAUAUGGUUCAUGCCUUUAAAAGGUGGCAACUUUUGUCCUUUAUUUGACAUUCCUUUGUGUUAUUUGAAUCUAAGUAGAUGUAAGUUUGAGGUCUUUGUUAGGCCAUAUGACAACGAUCUUUCCUUUCCGCGAGAGGAGGUGUCUGAACAACAACCUUGUGGCUCUCACUUUUCUGAUUUUGGACACUUCAUUUCAUGAGAGAGAAAAGCCACCGGAUAUUAUAACUACAUCUUUUAAAGGUGAAAUUAUGUGUCAUGUACAACACACUAAAGGAAGCAGAAAUUAGGGCAAGGAGAAAGGCUAUUGAAAGCUCCUCCCACAGAUGAGACAAUUGUGCUUCCUGAGAGCAAAGUAUGUACUAGAGGAAGCCAGCAAGUAUUAAUAGCUCUCUUUGAAGGUGCACCUAGGACAGAAGAUGUACUGAAUUGGGCUGGGCACUGUAUAAAUAGGUGGCACAUAGCCCAAGAGCGUCUGUGAGACAACUGUACGUGUGUCAGCACAAGAGAGAUGCAAGGCAAAGAAAGAGAAUACAUAUACUGAUUUAUCAAACUUCUGUUUCAAGCUGUUCCACAAGUUCAAGAAAAGAGGCAUCCAGGGCCAAAUCCACACCUUACAUUUAAAGCACUAUUAUACCAUAUUAACAGUCAUUGCUUCCCACAAAGAAUCCUGGAAACUAUAGUUCAUUAAGGAUUCUGAAAGUUGUUAGAAAGCCCCCAUUCUCAUCUUGGCACACUCAGCUAUAGCUCCCAGGAUGCUUUGGGGGAAGCCAUGAGUUGAAAAGGUAUACUGUAUAGUGGUACCAUGGCUCUCAAACUUAAUCCGUUCCGGAAAUCCAUUCCAAAACCAAAGCGUUCCAAAACCAAGGCGUGCUUUUCCAUAGAAAGUAAUGCAAAAUGGAUUAAUCCAUUCCAGACUUUUAAAAACAACCUCUAAAACAGCAAUUUAACAUGAAUUUUAAUAUCUAACAAGACUAUUGAUCCAUAAAACAAUGUACUGCAGCCACACAAUCAAUCAAUCAAUCAAUCAAUCAAUCAAUAGCUGAACUGGGUUCCACAUAGUCACAAAAACAAAACGAAAAAGCCACAAAAAUGCAAAAUAAAUAGCAAAACCAGACAGACCUCAGCAUAACACUCAAAUUGGAAGCUUAACACUCAAAAUGGAGCCCAUUUGGCUUCCAAAAAAGGUUCGCAAACUGGAACACUUACUUCUGGGUUUACAGUGUUUGGGUUCCAAGUUGUUUGAGUACCAAGGCUUUUGAGAACCAAGGUACCACUGCACCAAUGCUUUAAAUGUAUGGUGUGGAUGUUGGCAGUGGGCAUGAUAGGGGCAGGAAGAGAGGAUGAACGAUGGGAAUGACAAAAUUUAAACUAUAAUCAUUUUGUUCAGAUGCUUUGUUGGCAGAACUGGAACAAACCUCAGCAAGUUUAACUGUGAGUGAUCCAGUAACGUCAAAGGGAUACUUUCUUCUGGAACGUGACAACAAGGAGAAACCGGCGACGGCAGCAGCAGAGACCAAUGUCAUCCAGAAGAAGAAACCAGUUGCCCCAGCCAAGAAGGUAUUCUCCUUAAGCUGUUUACCUCCUUAGCAAGUUGCAGGUUAAUUCAGCUUUUCAAGAUGAAUUACACUGGGGUGACUACACUUUGGGGGGCUUUGGGAGACAUCCCCGGCUUCCAAGCCCUCCAGGUGCCAAAUGCCAGUGAUAGGAACGGCCACCCCACAAGAGACAUGUACACCACACACACACCAGAGCACACACAGUCAGCAACACACUCAGAAACACCCAGAUCCUGAUCCUGGCACUGGGAUGGGUGGAGAGGUUUCAGUUUCUCUGCUCAUCCCAGGGCCAGGGUGAGGAUGCAGAUCCUCCUUCACUCUGCUUACCAGAUAAUUGAUCUGGUUGUGGUGAGUGGAGGAGAGGGAAUGAUCUGUAUCGCGGUCUUGCAUGAGUCAUCUAGGCUUCCCAAACAUUGCAGAAAUGACACUUCAUAAGGAGCAUCAGAAAAUCAGUUCAGCAUUUUGUUUGUUUGUUUGCUUGCUUGCUUGUUUGUUUUCCCUGCACUCCCAGAGUACAGGGAGUCUUGGGGAGGCACACACACACACACACACACACACACACACACACAGCUUAACAGGCUGGGUAUGGCUUGCAGCUCACAGGGGAACCACAUGACAGUUUGUGUCCCCAGCAGACAAUCCACUCCAGUUUUUGGCUUAAUCCACCACAUUACUGCCAUUUUUCACCUAGUCCAGAGUUUGGGUAAAAGCACUUUGUCUUAUAUAUGGUGGGGGGGGGGGAUCACAAAAUGUGGCUAACCCAUAAAAAGUCCAUUAAGUUGCAAAACACAGACUAAAGACCUACCUGACGACCUCAGAAAACUGAACCCCUUUCAGCAAAUCAGCUAUAUUUGUAGAGUCAAAGUUUAUAAAAGUCAAAGUUUAUUUUUUGUUGCAACCAUCCUGAUCAUUUCAGCCAAAAAGGAAAUGAAACUAUACAUAACUAUACAUAACUAUACAUUGGUAGAGUCAUAAAGCUACACACAUGGUUUGCAUAUAUUGUAUAAGUCCCCAAGUUUCAACUCUGGUUAGAGCAGGGGUAGGGAACCUAUGGCCUUCCAGAUGUUUUUGGAUGACAACUCCAUCACCCCUGACCAUGGGCCAUGCUGGCUUGGGCUGUUGGGAGUUGGAGUCUAACAACAUCAGGAAGGCCACAUUUUCCACACCCUGGGGUUUAAGCACCACAGGUAGCAGCCUGGGAAAGACCUCUGCCCCUGGUUCUGGAAACCUGCUCACUGAGCUAUAGUGGACUUGAGAAGCCUUUGGCUUGAUUCAGUUUACAGCAGCUCCUCAAACUGCAUAUAUCCUUUCACACAUGAGACUUCCCAGUCUGGAGACUGUUGCAUAGCAUGGCUGCCCCGAUCCUAUGCUGUGAUGAUCCAGUUGUCUGCUUUUCUCUCCUCUGUGUUUUGAAUAUAAUUGAAUACUUUGCAGCAGUAACAGGAGAUAAGGGCAGUCAAGAGGUAUGGGAGAAAAUAUAUUUGAGAUCUGGUCCAAAGUCUUCUAAAAUAGGAGCUGGCUUCACACUGGGAGAUGGCAACUUAACUAUAAAGCAGCUCAAGAGAAACAGAGGAGAGUAACCAUUUCUGUUGGUUCUAUGCUUUUCAGAACUGGUUGAUACAGGAUAACAGCCAAUAUUGGAGAGAAGCAUAUGACUGGGUGGAUUUGAGGGGAGACAGUGUCCUUUUUGUAUAUCUUCUCUUGUGUAUAUUCACAGUAAGAGCUGUUUGACAGUGGAAUUUGCUGCCAAGGAGUGUGGUGGAGUCUCCUUCUUUGGAGGUCUUUAAGCAGAGGCUUGACAACCAUAUGUCAGGAGUGCUCUGAUGGUGUUUCCUGCUUGGCAGGGGGUUGGACUCGAUGGCCCUUGUGGUCUCUUCCAACUCUAUGAUUCUAUGAUUCUAGGUGCCACCAGCACAUGAUGUUCAACGCCACGAAGAAGAUGCAGACCAUAUUUACAGGUAAAUGAACACUGAAUCAGGAACGCAGGUUACACGGCUCACUUGUGCUGCAUGUUUUUGUUGUUGUUGUUGUUGUUUUUUGAGAGAAGCCUUCCACAGAUAAUGGAUCAAAACUGUAUGGCAUGUAAACUUUUGCUCUCUUAAUGCUUAGUUAACAUUGCAUCAAAGGCUACCAGAAAUGGUCACUGGUAAAAGGCAAGCUUAUCUCCAUUCAUAUGCAUACAUAUGCAUCUAUACCAUACCACAACCCCAGAAGUAAGUUUUAUAACACAAAAAUAACUGUUGAAUGGCUUCGAGGAGCUUGCUUCUCCACAAUCUGCCAGAAAGAACAAUCUGUUGGUUGCCCUGGGGCUGAGAGCUGAAGGAAAGCACACUUUGGCUCCACCCAUUGUGUUGGGUCUGAGGAGAAGCUUGUGCAUCUCAUAUACGUUCUUAACACAAAAAGGGGGAACCAAACAGAGAGGCCUGUCUGUUCAUAUAGUCCUUUUAUCAUUCUUAUUCCAGAGCUUUAAAUGUCCCAGUCGGUGAUAUAAACUUUUCUGAAACUCUUGAACGUUAAUAAGGACAGGUUGAUUCAUUUAAGCAUAGCAUGAUUAUUUUUCAGAAUGGGGAAUCGUGCCAGCAUUUUAAGCAGAAGGAACAUUCUCUCGUACUACUCAUAUGCCUGAUUUUACAUGCAUUGUGUGUCAGGGGAACCUGGGCUGGAAAUUUUCCCCAUUUCCAAGAACCCUCAAGCAAAUCACAAAGUAUAAUUUUUGGACUCCAAAGAAGGUGAAAAUUCCUCUUGGAAAAAAACAACUCAGCUUAUUAGCUAUAAUUCAUAUAUAAUAUUGUCUGUAUUUAACUAGAUAAUGGUAUCAGGCUGGCUUCAGGUCAAGGGUAUCCAGCAUGGGCAAUGGCCAGGGAUGAAGAGAGUUGUAGUUCAACAGCAAGAGGCUACCAUGUUGGCUACCCCCCUGCUUUAGAUGUAUGAAUUUAGCGAAGAAAGUGAGGGAUGAGAUUAGAUUUGUUGCAACUUGAACUUCUUCCGUAUGGUUGGAUGUAUAUAGGGGUGGGGAGAGAUGAGCCAUGCUAUAUGUGGUCUGUGUGAUUUAUCCCAAGGUGGACUGAGACACCCCCACUGGCAGCAUCUCUUGAAAAAUGGAGGGAAUCAGUGGGAGGGCAGAUACUGCUGCCAUAUGGCUUUCCUGAAUCAGAUACAGUACACGGAAUUGAUGCACCAAUUGUGGAAUGAGGAUGUGGGAGAGUUUUUCUUUAAAAGGAUCUCAUGCACAUUGUAGCAGCAGUGAGUAGCUUCCUGGUAUGUGGGUCAUUGUUGCUUACCGGGAAGCAGAAGGUCAAAGUGGUGGGGAGGUCAGUGUGGUGCAAAUGCACUGGCAGACCCAAUUUAGUGCUCCUGCUGGUGCAUUUGCAAUGUGCCAACCUACCUGUCCUUCCACAUCUCCUGGUAAGUAAUGAUGGCCCACCUGCUAGGAAGCUAGCGUAGUGACUCCACCCCUACCCAGUGAUCCAUUUCUGCCUUCUAAGUUUUUGAGGUUGGUAGCAGUUAAGGAGUAGCCAGGGUUGGGGUCUAUGUGUGAACAUGCAUGAUGGACAAAGGGAACAUGGUUCAUUGUAGAAUUUUAAGAAUGUCCUUCCUCCUUUCCUUCAGUCAUAAAUUUGGCUUUCUAUUCCCUCUAGCAAAGUGCAGACUCCACAGCCAGCGCUCUCUUCGUCUUCAUUCACCACACCUGCUCAACAGUUGGAUGAACUUUUGGCUUGCUUGGGAACAAUCCAGGACAAGGUGAGUCACAGACCCGGCUGACCCUCUGCAGGAGAAACAACAGCAGUUUCUGUGAAAUGAUAGUGAAGAGCCAAGGCUGUUCCUAAGGAAUGCUUAAUGUUUUUUGUGGUUAUUGUAUUAGCCAUAGCAAAUUAAGAGCAGAAGUUACAUUCCCAUCUCCAGCUUAGGCAGAAGAAAAACUAAGGCAGAAGACAGGGUGCAAUAAAAAUUAACAGAAGGUGUAGGUUGUGUGGGGAGAGGGGACACUUCUGUGGGACAAGAUAGAAAAGGUUCAUGCAUGGUGAUCCAGGAAAAGCUUUGUAGAAUAAGUGAGAUUUGGGAGUUUUAAGUGGAGAGGGAGAGGAAACUUGAGUAAUACAGAAGAUGAGAGUAUUUUUUAUGUAUAGGGAGGAAGAUUUGUGGCACUGUUAAAGUUCACCAUGUUGAGUAUAUCUAUCUAUCUCCUCUUUUGCUGUUAUGUAUUAUUUGCUGGUUUUACUGUGCUUGAUGUGUUAUCACUUUAUUUUUUCCAUUGUUAACCACUUUUGAGUUAUUGAUAAGAAAAGUGGAGGGCGCUUUUUUUAAAUAAAAAAGUAAAUAGAAAUAAAUGAAUGAAAAAGUGAAAGCCCAAAUCAUUUGCUUUUCUGCAGAUCUCAGAUGGGAAGGAAGGUCCUGAGAAGCCAUCACCAGCCAAACAGAAUACCAUUGACAACCUAGACAGCAUGUUGCAGGGCCUGACACAUGAUAUGCAGGACCUUGGUGUUGCCACUGUGGCCAAGGGCCACUGUGCUUCCUGCCACAAACUCAUCGUUGGAAAGGUAGGAGAGGGAGAGAGACAGAGAGAGAAUUGACCUCUCCGGUAGUUUUCAGGCCCACUGGGUUAGAGGUUUGUUAUGAACGACCAAUGGUUUGUCACAUAUCUGCUUUGUGAAGUGUUUGGUUUGCCUCAGAUAGAAGGAAGGGAUUUCUUCUCCUGCAGAUUGGCCAUUUAAUGUCUGCCACAUAUUGCUGAGGGUCCUGCCCUCUCAACCCAAAGUGAUCCUGUGGUGCACUGAGCAAUGUGGGGCGUGUUGAUUAGAAACAUGGACCCGUGACAAACAUCUGAGAGACAUCCUGUUGGAAUGGGACGUGUGCCUCUAAACUCUCCUGCUGGUUUCUAGGUAAUUACAGCGCUGGGAAAGACGUGGCACCCUGAACACUUCACCUGUGCCCAUUGUGGAAAGGAAGUGAGCUCUAUCCCCUUCUACGAGCGGGACAGCAAGGCCUACUGCCCCGAAGACUACCACGAUCUCUUCUCUCCUCACUGCGCUUACUGUGCUGCACCAAUCAAGGAGGUAUGUCAUGUUAGCCUCACCUUCUGACUGCUAUUGCUCCCUUUGAUUUGACUCGAUUAUUGACUUUCUGUAUCACUUAAUGUAUUAAGGAAUAUCUCUAAGCAGUGUACAAAAAACUGAAGCACCAACAGACAACUCAAACAAAAUAUUGCAAAAAUACAGAGUUACAUAUAAAAUUUUUACAUCAACACACACGCACACACACCAUUCUCUCUCUCUCUCUCUCUGUCUCUCUCUCUCUCUCUCUUUCCUACUGGCACACCCUCCCUCUCAGCCUCUGGGUCCACACCCAGGGUCCAAACAAACUCUUGGUCCACCUACAAAAGUCUCACAUCAAGAAGAGUUCCUGGAAACAGCAGACAUCGCCCUAGUCUCUCACUCUAGACUUGUUUCUUUGGGCAGGCCCAAGGUGGAUGGUACUUCCUCAGGCUUCCGCACCCAGUUCCGGGUGUGCAGCAGGUUUGUUGAGUUUCCAGGGGGUGAUUUCUUUCAUCAAUGAAGAACAUACAAAUAGGGACUUAAAGUGAACAGGAUUUGGGCAGUUGUAGAGUUCUAUACCACCCAAUGGCCCCCAAAGGUGUGUGGAGUGGGGGUGAUUGUUUUCGUUUGCUACUAUGCUAGGCAUUUUUGUGUUUUAAUACUGUAAACUAUAAUACUGUGAAUCCUCAGAUGAAGAAUAGUAUGGAAAUUUUAAUAGUAGUAGUAGUAGUAGUAGUAGUAGUAAUAGGGGGCCCUCCACUCACAUCUCUUUCUUCACCCGCUCUCUCCUCCUCCUUUUCUUUGCAGAAAAUCCUCACAGCCAUGGAUCGCACCUGGCACCCAGAGCAUUUCUUCUGUGCUCACUGUGGGAAAGUGUUUGGCAAUGAUGGUAUGUCUUCUUCAUCUCCUUCAGCCCCUGCCCCUUCCCUCAGCUAUUCCGUGCUUGCUUGCACCAUAGAAAUCCCUACAAUUUGUGCCCUUUCAAUCUUCACUUGCUGCUCCCUGCCAUUUGAAACCUCCCUUUCCCACCCCACCUUCUCUUUCAGCCAGACUAAAAUCUGCUAAAUCACAAUUGUUUUCUGCAAAAUCCUAACUAUUCUUCACCAGGGAGCAAUUCUCGUUGAGCUCAGUGGGACUUGCUUCUGAGUAAACAUGCUUAGGAUUGCAUUGUGUUGCAUUUUGGUAUAAGGGAGGCCGGAGUACUCUUUCCACAGAGCUGCCAAGACAUCCUGCAGCUGCCUGUCAUACCAAUGCAUACAUUCAAAAGUAUGUUAUAUUUGGGGUAAUUGCUUGGAAGAAUGUGUUUGAUUGACAGAAUUGUAUUAAAAAUGUGCAUAUUGGAAGAAGCACACACUAAAAUAUCAAUGAAAUUAACUUAAGAUGGGAAACAGAGAAAUCAAAAUUGGCAGAUUUGUUUGUCCCCACUCUAAAGCAUUUUCAUUCACAUUGAUCUCAAUGGGAGAGGUAUGCUUUACUGUCCCACUGAAACCAAUGAGGCAAGUUAAGUGCUUAAUUUUGAUUGAAUCAUCACCCUGGUAUUUAGUAUAAGUACUAAAGCCUCUUGGUGUGACCCCAGAAGCCUGGCUAAAAGCAGAAGCAACUCAGUCACCUCUUCAGGGGUGUUAAACUAAUACGUUGAGAUGACCAGAGUGUUUAUGGAAUUAUUGUAACUCUUUCAAAAAGACCUGAAGCUGUAAAAACACUGUGUUGGUUCAAGACGUGGGCAUGCUUAGAGGAGACUAUUGAAAUCAGUGGGACAAAUGAGUCAGAAGUAUGUCUGGAUCCAAUGCAGUACAUAGAAGUCACCCAUAAUGUGCUCAACUUGACCUGACAUAAGAACCAGCCAGGAUUCAUGAGUGACAACUUGUUGGCUAAAACAUGCAUCACUCUUUCUAAGUUGUGAUCUGUAAGAGACUGUUUUGGGAAUUCUAUAGUGACUCAGAGUCACUAUGGUAUCAGCAUUCUACCAAAGCAUCACUGUUCUCAUUGAAAGCUUGUGUCUGUGUCCUAGGAGGAAGUCAGUGCAUUGUGGCUUAUUAUUUCCUUCUCUGAAUAACCAUCAGAAAAGCAUAAACACACUUGUGCUCACUGUGGGACUUUUGAUCACAGACUGGCUCUGAUGUGCUCCCAGGAGCCCAGCUCCAGUAAUUGGCCCCCAAGUGGGUUAACUGAGCACAUAGUGGUGAGCUCAAGUCCCCAGACUGCUAAUUAUAACUAGAGCGCAGAAAGUUUUGUGGGUGAAUUUAGAGUCUGAUUCGUCCCUGAACUCUGUGGAUUGGUUCCUUUUGCCAGCUCAUGGCAACCAUUCUUUGCCAUUGGAAUGGCUUCUCCUGAAAACACCCCAGUGUUAUUGCUUCACACUAUUAGAAGCAACUUUGAGAAAUGUGCUAGCGUUGCAACAGUUUCUUAAUCCUUGGCGUGACGAUGGCUCAGCUUCCGUUGCUUGCUUUGAGCAAUUAUGGAUUGAUGAGCUGUAAGCAUUUUAGGGGAACUGUCACUGCAAGAGUUUAGCAAAGCACUGUGUGAUCCUAUUGUUGCAACUGGCCUAUGACUGUACCAGAUUAUUCUUGGAAUCAGUAUGGAUUAGUGCAGUUUAGCUGGCCAGCAGCACGAACAGCCUGAUCUGCUUGGAUGAGUUGUUGCAUUUUGUUUUUAGGGAGGAAAAGAGCAGCCUGCCUAGAACCUGAGUACUCUAAUUUCCCAAUAAUUAACAUGCUUUAGUUGUGAAAAAUAUAUUUGAGCCCAGGUGGACUGCUUAGAAUUUUCUGCUGAAAUGUGGAGUGGUCUAUUAAGUAAAUAAACAAUACGUUCCCAAGACAAACCAUGAACCAGACAGAUCAGUUGAAGGAAUUUCGAUCACAAGGACCUGUUGAGUACUUAAUGUUUCCAAGGGAGGCACCCCGGGGAGUAAAACACCCAAGGUAAACUAGACAUUGCUUACUGGGCCCAUGCAGAAAAACCAUUCGGCAGAAGCUGAUCACAUUCAGCCUUUUGAUGUUGAUUUGACUGGAAGGUAGUGGGUCAAAAUCCCAAUGAAGGCAAGAAUAAGACCAUGGGCGGAAUUCAAGUAACAGACCCAUUUGCAGUAGGGCUUCCACUUGCGCAGUGGGGCUUCUCCUUCUCUCCUACCCCCAGCCCCCUGAAAUUGGCUUGGGGAAACCCCAGAACAGCACCAGAGGGGGGAAGAUUGUUCCAUCUGAUAAGGUGAUAUACUUGCACAGAUGGAUUGUUUGUAAUAGUGUGACGUUGAAUUCCACCCCCUUGGCUCGACAUUGUACUCUUCAUGUGAAAGGGAGCCACCUACAAGGCUGAUUCUGACCACUGAGAAGACAGGCAGAGAAAGGCUGAGGGGAUCAAAGUGCAGCUGACCACCUUUUUGCAGUGAAGGAGGGACGCUUAUUUUCUAGAGGGGUUCUGAGAAGAGACACUUAUCUGCUAAAGAGAGAGGAGAUAAUCUGCUAAAGAGAGAGGAGAUAAUCAUAGAUAAACAUUGGUUGGGUGAUGUCAAAUCUUCACCAGUGGGAUGGGGGAGCCCCAGAACAGCAAGUGGGACAAGAAGAUUUGAUUGUGCUGAUGGAAUAAUCUUAUUGCUACGUUGAAUACAAACCAUGGUAUGCUGUUCCUCUUCUCUAAAAGCUCUAUCUCCCCAUACUUACUCUACAGGUUUCCAAGAGAAGGAUGGGAAGCCAUAUUGCCAAAAGGAUUUCAUGGCCCUUUUUUCUUCCAAGUGCAAAGGCUGUGACAAGCCUGUGAUGAAUCAGUAUCUGUCAGCACUGAAUGCUGUCUGGCACUCUGAGUGCUUUGUGUGUGGGGUAAGUAAAUGCAAAAUAGCCUGCUCCAGUUAGAGGUCAUUCUGGGUUGCUGGGCGGAAAACUUAUAUACGCCACGAAACUUGUAUUGAGGAGGUUGCUAACAGAACCAAGAAUUAUGAAGUCCAGACAGAGUUCAGAUAGGAUUUAGCUGCAAUCCUGCAUGCAGUUAGGUUGGUUAAAUCCCCAAAACAUGAUUCAUUCCUUUGUUUGAAAAAAUGUAUGUUGCUCCUCACUGAAUUUGAUUCCAGGGCAGGUAACAAAAUUAAAAUAUCAAUAAAACAAUAAAUCUCCAAAAUAAAAACAAAUAAGCAAUGACUUUAAUGGGUUUAAAGAGUCGGUGUGCAGGACGAUAGCCCUUUCCAAAAUAGAAAACUGUCAAAGCUCUUUGAACUGCAAAGUUCAGGUUUUAUUCUUCAUUAAAUUUUUAUUAAGAUUUUCUUAAUAAGAUUUUAUUAAGAUUAAGACAGUGAAAUGACAACUACAGAAAAUACAAAUCAAAGAAGUAAAAGACAGCGUUAAAAGUAAUUCUUGCCCCUUACCAUACACAGAGGACAGUAGCUUAUUCCAACCCUCACCUGGAAUAUUUCCUUUCUCCUCUAUACUCUCACCCUGGGAGACCAAUAUUUCCUGUCUCUCAUCCAGGGUCCUCCAUCAACCCAUAUAUCACCCCCAUGAGUAUACAAUCUCUGGACCUUAAUAAAGGCCCUACACAUAGGACUCUAAAGAGAGAAGAAAAAGAAGAAAAACAAAGGAGAAACAGAAAAAAGAAAGAAAGGGACAACAGAAAGAAAGAAAAGAAAAAGAGAGAAGAGUAAAAUAAAAAAGAUAAAAGAAACAGAAAAACAUUCUAAAAGAAAAGCAAAGUUCAGAUUUUAAAAACCAAAUCGUGAAAACAAAAAAUUGAUUUGCAGAAUUUAAAUACUAGUUGCAUACUGUACCACACCCUGAACUGCCAGAUUCCUAAGCAUCCUUCAAGUGAUUCCUGGUCCAUGCCUCUAGCCCCACCCACAGACUUCCAUGUGUUGGUGCAGACAUCCUCACUACAGAAACCUGUGCAUGAGCAGCUGCUUCUUUGUGUGAAGGCUUCUUCUGUGCAGGCAUCUGUGGAUGUCCAUAAGUGGGGCCUCCACUAGGCUCCAUUGUCAGGAGCAGGGCCUGCAGUGCACGCCCACUCCCUGCUUAUCACAAUUCAUAUGUGAAGGGGGAUCUUGUUUAGAUCAAAAGAAAACAGAAUGUUUCUAUUUUAAAACUCAAAUUUUCAUUUUUCAAAAAUAAUAAUAAAGAAACAAGAGCAGAAUUAUUUUUGAUGGGGAAACUGCAAAUGCUGACAAAUGUGGACUCUAUAAAGCACUAAAUAUGAACUACAAAGCUGAAAAUUUGAUUUAAAGCAAGAACCAAAACACAAACGUGAAGAACUUAUUUCAAAACAGUAGCUGACGGGUGAUGGUCAUGAUAACUCUAUCCAGACUCUGUACAGUAUGCUGACUGGCUUGUUCUUAUGUAAAUCCCGGAAAUAGUUAUUUUCUGAUGCCCUAACACAGGCUUCCUCUGCUUUCAGGACUGUUAUUGCAGCUUUCAAGAUGGUUCCUUCUUUGAAUUAAACGGACGUCCCUAUUGUGAGCUUCACUACCACCACCACCAGGGAACAGUGUGCUUUGGUUGUGGGAAGCCCAUUGUUGGGCGCUGUGUCAGUGCCAUGGGGCACAAAUUCCACCCAGAGCACUUUGUCUGUGCCUUUUGCCUCACCCAGUUGCACAAUGGCAUCUUCCAGGAGCAGAAUGGCAAGACCUACUGCCACACCUGCUUUAACAAACUCUUUGUCUGACCAGAAGCCGCAGGGAGCCUAUUUCUUCUCUCAGGCCUUUGCAUGAGAAACAGGCAAGGGCAAAAACGAUUUUGAAGGGGCAAAGGCUGCAAUCCUGGGCCCACUUACUUGAGAGGGAGUUCCACUGAACAUAAUAGGACUUACUCCUGGGUAAAGAAGCAUAGGAUUAAGCUGUAAGAAAUGCAGUGAUGGAAAUAUGCUGCUGCAGCAAUAUCCAUCAAUGCACCUAACAGCUUCAACACACCCAGAUCCUCAACUGCGAGCCAAUUGCUCUACUCCACUGCGUUUCAAACAACUUUUGCCAGCUUACAGUAGUUUAUCAGAAACAGUAGCCUCUAAGUAAUAUUGGCUCUUCAUCCCGUAUCCUUUCUUACUGGCAAUAGCAAGUAUUUUAUUUACUCUUUGAAAAAAAUAUCCAUCUACACAAAACAUAUUCCACUGAUAUGUGUUAUUUACUGUGCAAUCCUAUGUAUGCCUAUUCAGAAGUAAGUUCCACUUGGAUUUACUCCAAGGUAAAUGUGUAUAUGUUUGUACCCAGGCAAACCAAUCCUAUUCACUAAUUGUGUCAGAUAAUUGAGAUACACACUAGAGGAGAGCAACAACCAUACCCUCCUCCCAAAGCCCACUGAACAGGGACUGUGCCAGCAGCAAUGCCCACAUGCCACCCAAAGAGGUGUGAUGGUGGUGAAUAUCAUAUAGUUGUGCAUUACACAUUUGCACUUUUGAUUGGCAGGAGUACCAUGCACAGGCAAACCUGGCUGCCCCCAUUUUGCUAACCUGCUGAAUCUCACACGUGUGUACAAGCUCUCUUUCUCCAAUUCAUUAGAAUAGCUUCCUAUCUUAGAAUACUCCCCGUGUUUUUCAAGGACACUGUGCUGGAUGCCUAGAUAUUUUUAACAUGUUGUUUGUAAGUGAAUAGGUAGCAUGCACUGAAAAAUAAACAUCACUUUUCUAUUGGUAA